GGGCUCCGACUGAUUUCCGGUGCCGGUCCGUGUGCUAUCCUCUUCCGACGGGCUCCACUUCCUGUCGUUGGCGGCCGCCCGGAAGACUUCCGGGCCUUUUACGUCACGUACCCGGCGUUUCUCUUCGGAGAACGGACACCGGGCCGGAAGAGGAUGGCGGCCGCCGCUCUGAGGAGGUUUUGGUCCCGAGGCCGCGGCGAAGCGGGCGACGCCGUGGGCGCGAGGCCGGGCGUGUGGGCGCGUCUGGGCGUCUGGUCCCGCUCUCUGCUCCGGGACUACGCCGAGGCCUGCGGGGACGCGGCGGCGUCCGCCCGAGCCCAGCCGGCCCGAGCGGCCGUGUACGCGGGACUGCUGGGCGGAGCGGCCGCGUGCUGCGCGCUGGCGCCAAGCGAAGCGUCCUUCGAGGAGGCGCUGCUCGACGCCUCGGGCACCUUGCUGUUGCUGGCGCCGGUCACGCGCAACCGCGCCGCCGAGACCUCCGUGCAGCGACUGCUCUGGCUGCGAGGCCGCGGCCGUCUGCGCCACCUGAGCCUGGGGCUCUGCUCGCUGGUCUACGAGGCGCCCGUGGACGCCCAGGCCAGCCUCUACCAAGCCCGCUGCCGCCACCUGCAGCCCCGCUGGGCCGACUUCCCGGGCCGGAUACUGGACGUGGGCUUCGUGGGCCGCUGGUGGGUCCUGGGCGCCCGGAUGCGAGACUGCGACAUCAAUGACGACGAGUUCCUGCACCUGCCGGCGCACCUGCGCGUCGUCGGGCCCCACCACCUGCGCUCCGAGACCAACGAGCGGCUCUUCGAUGAAAAGUUCCAGCCCGUGGUGCUCACGGAUGACCAGGUGGACCAGGCGCUGUGGGAGGAGCAGGUGUUGCAGAAGGAGAAGAGGGACAGGCUGGUCCUGGGGCAGCCGGAGGCCCUGAGAUGAAACGCCUCCCCCCAGUCGGUGUGCGGGGACUUCCAGGCAGGCCCCGACAAACGUGACGUCCUCUCUUGCUGGACAGUGACGUUUUCGAGGAGUCUGUUUCCCCCUCACCCGCGUCCUUGUUCGCGGACGUUUAUCCAGAGUGGCCUGGCCCUAGAAGUUGAGGCUUGCAGAGGGAUGUGUCCUUGUAACCAACGAAGUUCUCCCCGUUGUGGCCGCCAGAGCUAGGGAUCAGGAUGCGGGAUGUGCUUCGGGCUUCACAACACCACCGCCCCCACCCCCACCCCCCACCAAAGUACCAUAUUUAUCCUCAGGUGACUCCCAAGCUCACCUAAGACCUUUCAGAUGUUUGUUUUACUUAAUUCAAGCGGAAAUGUUUGAAUUCUACGAUUGACUUUGACGUCUCAGUUUUUAUAGCAACCUCCUCCACUUUUCAUUUGAGAACAUUGGAAUUGUGGCAGGCUCCGUGGGAAAUUGGGAAAAGAAAGCUGAGACAAGCCGACUCCCUUUCUCCGACUGGUUACACCCCACACAAUGCAUUUAAUGUUGGAUUUAAUAACAACCCAAAAACGCUGCUGGUACAACCCUCUGGGUUUUACUGAGACUUUUUUUUUACUUUAAAGGAGUUUGGGAUAUCUUUUUUUCUUUUCUUUGUAAAGGAGGCUUGAAAUACUUUAUUUAUUAGUGUGGCAAUCUGGUUCUGUUCUCCUUCAGUAACCCUGACAAUAGUCCCGUAGCUGAUAAAGAAUCAGCAAGUCGGUGAUCAGAGCUGGGCCUUACCUAGGUAAUGGUGGUCUUGUCAACUUUUAAAACUACACUGUUAGGGGAAUGAGACUCUACCUCUAUUGCUAAGGUGACUAGCCGGUUAAUAAAUGAGGAGAUAAAAUACUGUAAUGUUUGUACUUGUUUGUUUUGUCACUUGUAAGUUUUGACAUUUGGACCUUUCAUUCGUAACAUGGGUGCGUUAAAAAUAAAAAGGCAAGAAAGACCAA